AUGUCCGAGACAACACCCCUGCAGCCUAUACCUGAUCCUCCUGUUCAAAGGAGGAACGCGAAUGCUAUCGAGCUCAUAUCAGGUAGUAUAGGAGGUGCAUCUCAGGUGUUGGUGGGACAGCCACUUGAUACGCUGAAAACUAGAGCUCAAACAGCUCCUAAAGGACAAUUCAAGAACACCCUCGACAUCUUCACCACCACCGUACGGAAUGAGGGUUUCCUUGCUCUCUACAAGGGUAUGAUGUCCCCGUUGCUUGGUAUCGCCGCUGUCAACUCACUCCUGUUCACCGCUUACGGCGCAUCGAGGCGGAUCGUUUCCCCUUAUCCCGAACUAUCUAUACCUCAAGUAGCCACAGCGGGAGCAAUGGCUGGUGCUGCCAACGCUGUAUUGGCGUCUCCUGUCGAGAUGUUCAAGAUCCGAAUGCAAGGACAGUACGGUGGUGCGGGUGAUAAGAAACUGAGUGGGGUUGUUGGAGAUAUGUGGAGGGAAUAUGGGUUAAGGAAUGGUAUCAUGAGAGGUUACUGGAUUACAUUUAUCCGUGAAAUACCUGCUUAUGCAGGAUUCUACGCUGGGUAUGAGACCUCAAAAAGAUGGUUCGCAAAGAAUUACGCACCAAACCCAGUACCUAUAUGGGCAUUGCUCACUUCCGGUGCUAUCGGAGGUGUAGCAUAUUGGGUAGCUUGUUAUCCACUUGAUGUGAUCAAGUCAAGAGUCCAGUUAUCGAAAACUCCGCCAAUUAAGGGACAAUGGCUAUCUGGUGGUUAUGUAGCACAUGAAUUCAAAGCGAUCAUUCAGGAAGGUGGAGUCCGAGCACUGUUCCGAGGAAUAACGCCUUCUCUACUCAGAGCUGUACCCGCCGCAGGAGCUACUUUCGCUGCUUAUGAGGUUGCCAAAGAAUAUAUCAUUGACCAUAACUUGCUUUGA